GAACCAGAGAAAGGUCGCACCAGAGAAAGUAAGACGAGGGGAGGACCGUGGCUGUUGUGACAUCAUGGCCUGCAGAAACCCAGAGCUGGUGCCGUAUACUGUAAGAGCAACACCUUCUCCUGUGUUAUGCCCCGAUAACGAUAGUUCCAACGAGGAGGCUGAGAUAAAUGUGAUGAUACCUGACACAGUUCUUCACAUAGAGACAGAAUCCUUCUUUGUGAACCGUCAACAGCUGGCUCUUCAGAGCCCCUAUUUCCGUGCACUUUUCUAUGGCGGCGGCAGAGAGAGUGGCAAGCGCCACGUUGAGAUCAAAGGUGUGGGUGCGGACCAGUUUCGUGUCCUGAUGGAAUAUACCCAGACAUCCAAGCUAUCUCUCAGCAGAGAAAAUGUCCUGAGGAUCCUAGAGACAGCAGACUUCCUCCAGCUGGAGAGACCCAGGCUCCUAUGCUGCAAGUUCCUGGAGAGAGAGCUGCAUCUAAGCAACUGCUUGGGCAUGAUGUCCUACGCUUGGCAGCUGGGAUGCCGGGAGCUCUACACAGCAGCACGUGAGGUGGCUCUAACCCACCUACCUGCUAUCGCCACAGAGGAGGACUUCAUGUAUCUGUCUAAGGAAAGUGUGGCGGACCUUCUUGCCAGUGAUAAACUAUUUGUACCCAGGGAGGAUCAAGCCUUGGAGAUGACCUUACGCUGGGCAACCUUUGACCCCAGUCGGGAGGAGGACUUCAUGGAGUUGGUGGAGCUGGUGCGACUAGAGAGCCUGUCUCUGCCCUACAUCACUGAUUUGCUUACCAGGCUCAAAGGGUCUGACCCACAAGCCAAACUCAUCUGUAAACUGAAUGAAAAUUUUCCUACUAGCUGGUCUAUGGGCAGGUCCAUACCUCGGGCCAGCGAGACACUGUACAUACUCGGAGGGCCCCAUGACCAGGACAAACAGUCUCUCUACCAGUUUUACCCCCACAGUGGGAGAUGGCAGUCCCAUGCACCACUUCAGAGGAAGAAUCUCACACAGUACUCUGUGGCAGCAGUAGGAGAAAACAUUGUAGUCACCGGAGGAAACUUCCGUGAUGAGAUCUUUUGGUACAGCGUGGACUGGGUGCGGAUAUUCCAGUGUGGGAACAAGCGCUGGGUGGAUGGCCCUCCGCUGCAGAAGUCCAGGCACAGCCACUGCUCUGUGGGCCUGGGGCAGGAGCUGUACGUCCUGGGGGGCACCAUGGACGAGGGGCCUGUGGCCCACGUGGAGAAGCUGCCGCUGGGAGCACAGGUCUGGGAGGAUGUCAGCCCCAUGGUGCGGGCUGUGGAUAGGGCUGCCACCGUCGCUCGCGAUUUGUGUAUCUAUGUCGCCUGUGGACUGGAUGAGAAUGGGGAGGUGUACAGUGGCAUUCAGAGAUACCUGGCGAAGGAGGACCAAUGGGACGUGGUCACCUACUCCCCUCUGCCCAGGUAUGACCUUCUUGCAACAGUGCUCAACGGGGCCCUCUAUCUCCUGGGAGGUCAGGCAUUGCGGCUAGAUGUGGAGACAGACGAAUGGACAGUUCUAGAAGAAGAAUGUCUGGACAGAAAGUUCUUUGGUGGCUGCACCACAGUCAAUGGGCAGAUCUACCUGCUGAGCGAGCGAAAGAUGAACAAAGCAUUCCCCAACAUGGUACUGAUGGAUCCUUACAUCGACACCUGCAUGGAAAUAGACAAUGCCAUACCCUGUCCUGUGCCUCUCCGUGGCUGUGUUACCAUGCGCUUGGUCACAUGACACUGGUGAGUUGCCAGUAAUCAUUUAGCAGUUCACAUCCUUCUCACCAACUCCCUCUCCCCAAUAUAAGAGAUAUUCUAUUGAAAUGGUCAGACACUUAUCAGCUAUUGAUUUUGCUUUUGAAUGGAAAGGUACAAACACAUUUAUCAAUAGUUUGAUAAAGGUUAUUUAUUGAUUUUGUUGAACUGGCCAGAGUGAACAAACUUAUGAGGUGUGUGCAUUCAGAACAAGACUAGUUAUGUGUUAUUGCCAUUUGUAUCGUUGCACUAAUAGAACUUGUAAUAAAAUAAACAUCCAAUAAUCAUGAUGGAAGGCCCAUUGCAGUCAAAAA